AUGGACUGGCUGGGAAACAGUAUUCACCAUCUGGGUCUUUGGAUUUGCGCUCGACGAAGCAGCCCAGCUUCAAGGUGAGUCCUGCAUGAUGCGAUUCACACACUGCUCUCCUGCUGAUACGACCCCGCUCCCUAGAGCACGGGGUCGAGGUAUAUGCGAGCUCAUUGUACAAUCUGCUCGAGUAAGUCUCGCGGACCUCCUGUUCGCACUGGCAGCUGAAACCUCGUCCAUCGCGACAGCGCAUCCUUCUGCAUCGUCGCCUUCUCUUGGCUGGGUCUCCGAAUCUCGGGGCUAGUCCACUCGGAUGCCCUUAGGUGUGACCUGUCGUUCGACUGCUUGGCAGUGGGCGCAAUCUUGCUUUGUCCAAGAGUCGCUUCGUCGCUGGUGCAGGACAAUGUCAUUCUUCUGGCGCUCAAGGCAAUGUUUGCCGAUUUUGCCUUUUUCAUGCUGCUGGCAUCCAUCUGCUUCUCCGGCUUCCUGUACGCCUUUUGGUCGCUUUCGGACAAAUCCGAGUGGACUGUGGGCAGCAUCAUGUGGUUGAUGCUCAAGAUUUGGUUCGGAAGCUCUUAUAUAGGAUUCGAUACGGCCACAGACUUUUCCCCCAUCUUUGGCCCGCCGCUCAUGGUGUUUUUUGCAAUCAUGGCCAACACGCUCCUCUUGACUGUCCUCAUUUCGCUCUUGAGCAACACGUUUACCGUCGUCGCAACCAACGCAGCGGAGGAAGCCAUGUUCCAGCACGCCUGCAAGACCAUGCUGGGCGUAACGACGGACGCGCUCUUCUCCUACAUUCCACCCCUCAACCUCAUUGGCGUCUUGGUCGUGCUUCCCGCCAGCUACGUCCUAACGCCUCGCUGGCUGCACAAACUCAAUGUGGCGCUCAUUAGGGCAACGCACUGGCCGAUGCUGCUCCUGAUCAGAGCCACGCAAAAGAGGGGCUUGCGCGAAGGCGUCGAGCUGACAGCUAGCAGAGCUAGUCGAGCAUUUUCGUGGAUGCCGCUUCCAAGAAGUGGCAAGAGCGACAUGGACAUUGUCGAUGCCGUUUUCUGCAGACCCCCGCCCGAAGACCAAGGCGGAACUCGAGACUCGCUUCCAACUCGCCAUCGCAAUGCAGACAUGUCAUUUCGCGAACGCGCAAAGAGCGGUGGACCGUCGUCUGCAAGUCUGCCUUCGGACCCAGAAGGCUGCUCGCAGGGUGCCGAAAGGCAGGCUGGGUAUGGCGCCGUCGAGACGUCUGGCAAGCAGACCACGGUGCCCUUGCACGUUGACAAGGCUUCAGGCACCACUCGACCUAGCUCGAGAGAGCAAGAGACGCAAACGAAAGAUGGCAAGAGAUCCAGCAGUCCAUCCGCCGCAUCGAGAGCAUUGGGAAACGCGCAAGGUGGAACGUUUGCAUCUGCAUCCAGUCGUCCCGACCACUCCGACCCUUCCCCAGCCUUUUCCUUGUCCAGUCCGCUUGCGCGCAUCUUUUCUGGUGGUGGUGGCGGCAGAAGAGGAGGGCGAAAUGCAGCCGUGUCGCCGCUCAGGCAAGCCCGGCCUGACAACGAUGCUGCUGCUGAUGCACGCCACUUCACGGAUGAGGAUGGAGAUGGUGAAGGAGCAAGCACGAGAGACCUCUUUGUCGCGCUCAGCGAGAGACUGGACCAGCAAGAAAAGAGGAGCCGAAGAAUCGAGGUAUGUAAGGAUGCCAUUCGAGCUUUGCAGAUGAAGAACGCUAUUCGCUGACUGCACCGAGUAACUUCUCACUCCGUAGGAGCUUCUAGUCAGCGUGAGUAGAGAGAGCAGAGAGAGAGAGAGAGGGAGAGGUGCCGAUGAGUUGUAUGAACCAUGAUGCCGUAAUGUCCGCAUGCUGAUAUAAGCCUCCGCGUCGUAUUGGCAAACCCAUCAAGCUCGUGGAACGGCAAGCGCCGCUUGACGACGGACAUGUUGAUCUUGCUGCCGAUGCAUCUGGCCAGGCAAAAGCGGACAGAGCUGAAGAAGAAGCGCAACAGGCAUCCUCUUCGGGAUGA